UGAAAACCCACAAUUUGAGACCCACCGGUUCUAGUCCUUCGAUUUAUGGUCCAUCUGGCCAUAAUUUAGCCACUGAAUCAAAUGCAACACACAGUGGCAGUAGAAGGCAUUUUAAACGUGGGCAUUUUAGUGGUCAUAAUAACAAGUCUUACAGAGGAUAUAAACGGGUCGAAAGACCGAAUUACAAGGGCAAGGGCAAACAAAAAGCUCAUCAAAUAAAUCGCCCUACAAAAACCUCAGUAAAAACGACUUGUUAUAAAUGUGGCAUGACAGGGCACUGGGCUAAUAAAUGUCGCACGGCUAAACAUCUGGUGGAGUUAUUUCAAGCUUCCAUGAAUCUGAACAAAGACAAAAAUGUGGAAACUAAUUAUGUUAAUGACACAACUCCACCUCUGACAAAAUUUGAUGUGUCCGACUUCUUCGUGAAUGAUGCCAUUAUGGACGAUGCUUUUGCAAUAAAUCAAAAUGUCACAAAAUAAAAUAUUAGACUCUAAUCCUUAUAUUGUAACAUAUUAGUUUUAUGUACUUUUUCUUUCUUCCCCUUUUUCUUUUGUUUUUAAAUAAAUAUGUGUAAUAUAUAUACUUUGUGUUAAAUUAUAUGUACAAUUUGUGAUCAAGCUUAUGUUUAUUUGCACAUAUUGAAGAUAUGGAUCACUCAAAUGAUAAAGAGCUAUGUCUGAUAGACAGCGCCACAGCGCACACCAUUUUGAGAAAUAAAAUAUAUUUUUCUCAAAUGACUUUAGUUGAAGCUAAAGUCAAUACCAUAUCAGGUGUUGCAAAGCUCAUUGAAGGCUCUGGGAAAGCAUAUGUGAUGCUCCCUAACGGGACACAAAUAAUUAUAAAUGACGCUCUAUACUCCAGCAAAUCGCGGAGGAAUUUAUUGAGUUUUAAAGAUAUGCGUCAAAAUGGUUAUCACAUAGAAA